AUGGCUGACAAUCGAACUCUAAGGGAACUCACAGCUCCCAACUUGAACCAACAACCGUUGUGCAUUGCAUACCAGCAGUUGGAGGAAGCAAGUGGUGGAGGGCUAGUGAAUAAGACUCCAGGAGAUGCAACUAGGUUGAUUGCAGAGCUAGCAGAAAAUUCUAGGCAAUUCAGUCAGAGAACUCCCACGCGCCGGGUGAAUUUAGCAAAUUCGAAUACAACUGAGUUAGAGAGUCAAGUAGCUGAUUUGACUUCUAUGAUGCGUGAGUUCAUGGUGAACUCAAGGAAUCCACAGCAACUGAAUGCUUGUGGUUUAUGCACCUCCAUGGGACAUCCCACUGAUGCAUGUCCUCAAUUACAAGAGGAGCAGAAUGAGCAGGCCAACGCCUUAGGUUUUCAAGGGCAAGGUCCGCAGAGAAGAUAUGAUCCCUUUUCAAAUACCUACAACCCAGGAUGGAGAGAUCAUCCAAAUUUGAGAUAUGGGAAUUCCCAAGGAAACCAACAACAUCAGCAUGCUCAAGGUCAACAACAGUUUCAGCAAUAUAGGGCACCGUUCCUAACACCUCAAGGCCAAAGCUCUAAUUCAGCAGAAUAUGAUGCAGUUUCAACAAGAAACCAGAUCAAGUAUUCAAAACCUGGAGAAUCAAGUCAGUCAAAUCUCAAGUGCAUGGCAAAAAAGUUGCAAGAAACUGUAGUUGCACCUAAGAAGGCUAAAGACUUGAUUGGAGUUGAGGAGGAGGAAGUAGAACAAGAAACUAAGGCGAAUCCGCCAACCUUUACCUCUUAUGAGCCUGUGCCACCUUUCCCAGAAGCCUUGCAAGAUACUCGAAGGUAUGAGAAAGACAAGGAUAUUUAUGAGACUUUCAGCAAAUGUGAGGUAAAUAUGCCCCUCUUGAAUGUGAUUAAAAGUGUUCCUCGUUUUGCUAAGUUUAUGAAGGAACUGUUUUUCCAAAAGAAACUCCCAGAAAAAUGUGGUGAUCCUGGUAUGUUUACUAUUCCUGUUACAAUAGGAGACACCACAUUACACCGAGCCAUGUUGGACCUAGGUGCAUCAAUCAAUGUCAUUCCCUACUCCCUGUUUAAAUCUUUAGAACUUGGGCCUUUGCAUGAAACUGGGGUAGUAAUUCAGUUAGCUGAUAGGUCCAAUGUAUAUCCUAAGGGGGUAAUAGAAGAUGUACUUGUUAAGGUUGAUGGAUUGAUCUUUCCUGCUGACUUUUACGUCCUUGACAUGGAACAUGACAAACAAGCAGCCCCCAUCCUGUUAGGAAGACCUUUCUUAAAGACUGCUAAGACAAAAAUCGAUGUGUCUACCGGUUCUUUGACUAUGGAGGUUGAUGGGAAAGCAAUUGUGUAUAACAUUUAUGAUACCAUAAAGUAUCCUGUUGAUACUCAUUCUUUAUAUUCUAUAAAUGUUGUCGAUCCAAUAUUGCAUGAUGUUUCUAACAUUGAUCAUGGGGAUGAGCUCCUCACACCUAUUACUAAUGUUGUGUCUGGUGAUUGCUUGGAUUCUUCUAUACCUACUAAUGUGCAGGUGAAGGUGGCGGAAUUGAAUGAACAGUCCAAGCUUCCACCUAUACCACUAGGGGCAACACCCACCCCGUCAUCAUUUCUGGGCAAGAAAUUAUCCCAGGUAUACCACAAAGCAAAGAAUAAGGUGUGGCAUGACAAGAUGAGCUCCCGUUGGAAGGGUCCAAUUCAAGUUGACAAGGUCUAUCCGCAUGGAGCGGUAGAAAUUCGGAGUUUAGAGACCAACAACAUGUUCAAAGUGAAUGGAAAAAGGCUUAAACCAUACUACGAAGGGUUCAAGGUCGAGAAUUUGGAGAACAUCGAUCUCUACGAGCCAUCAAUUGAUUAA